GGGAGGAAAAAAAUCACAAAAAAACUUUUCACUCCAAAUAAGACCCCAGAAUUGAAUAACUGUGAACCGUACCAGGCCAUGGAGGCAGAACGCUGUUUACCCUUCUGUUCUCCCAGCAGGACGACACCCGAAGCUUCCCCGGGUUUGGAUCACAACUCUGGGUCUUACCAAGCAAGUGAUGAACUUCAGAACCCUCAGCAUCCUCACCACCAUCACCAGCACCGUCUCAGCCUCCGGGGAGACUUUUACAGCCCCGGCCGGAUCGGGAGGUUUCCAGACAGCACCGGUGAAUUUGCGCACAGCGCGCCCGCAGCUCCAGAUCCACGGGAUUCACCAGUGAAAAUACAGAGCAAAUAUUUGGAAAGUAUGAGCCAAGGCCAAAAGAGUCUAGCAGUUAGCGGAAAGCCGACCUUUUACGAGAGCAGCCCGGAAGCAGCUGGAGAGAAACCUCUCUCCAAGCCCCUUGGUUUCCCUAUGCUGAAGGAGGCCUCCUCGGAGCUGGCGGGGGACUCAGACUCCAUCGACCUGUCCAGCAAGAACAAGAAGCGUCGGAACCGCACCACCUUCAGCACCUUCCAGCUGGAGGAGUUGGAGAAGGUUUUCCAGAAGACUCACUACCCAGAUGUGUAUGCCCGAGAGCAGCUGGCCCUGCGCACUGAGCUCACGGAGGCACGCGUACAGGUCUGGUUCCAGAACCGGAGAGCGAAGUGGAGGAAACGGGAACGCUACGGGAAGAUCCAAGAAGUGCGGAACCAUUUUGCCGCCACCUACGACAUCUCCAUCCUUCCGCACUCUGAAGCCUACCCCCAGAUCCAGAAUAACCUGUGGCCAGGCACUGGCUCCGGCAGCCCCGCGGGAAGCUGUGUUUUAUCCCAUGACAGCAUGCCGUCCUCCUGCAUGACCCCCUACUCGCAUUCCCACGGGAACAUCCCCCCGGGGUUCAUGGGGAUCCCAGGCUCGCCCAGCCACCACCCGGGAAUCAACAGCCUCUACUCGCUGCACGGCUUUCCUGCCGGCCUGGGCGGCCACACCUUCGACCCCACCCCCGAGUCCGAGUACAAGCCCGCUGGCCUCCUGGCUCUGCGCAUGAAGUCCAAAGAACCAGGCAGCCUGCUGUCCUGGACCACAUGACCAGCGGGAGCCAGGGACUAACACAAUGGACACGGCUGAGGUCCUGCUGCCAGCGCAACGGCUAGGGAGUGUGAGGUCAUGCCUCCUUGCAGGGUGUACUACAGAACUCUAUCACCCUGCACCACCUGCUGGACGCUUCCCGCAUUACGGGUCACACCUGUAUCUCUUAAAUUGUGUUGAAAAGCCUCCACAGGCUGUCAAUGGAUUCACAUUGCUACCCCACGUUUUUAUAGGGGUGACCAGGAGGCUUGGGGCUAUUUAAAUAGCCCUUAUUUUUUAGACAGGACGCUCCGGUACUUUGCACUGCAAGCGGUCUGUAACCUGAGAGUUAUUGAAACAGCGAGUGCAGAAAAAGCAGUCAUUUCAAGCGGACAAUUUUUUUUUUUUACAAUUGACUCUGUAGUAGAUGUGCAGUUUGCUUUAUAAAAAUCAGAACAGGUGCAGCUUAAACAUAUAUAUAUAUAAUCUAAAACUAAUGCAAAAUCUGACCAGUGUACCUUCAAAGGUGGUCAAAGGCAUGUUUAAAAAAAAAUAAUAAUAAUAAUUAAAUUUAAAACCAUUACUCUUCCGGUAAAGAGGAUCUCCUUCAUCUUGAUCGCUUUUCUUUUGCUAUUAUUCAUAACGUUGUCGGACUGACCAGUUUGUGUGCAGCUUCCAUCUCUCUUGAAACCUGCCUGUCUUGUCAUGGUCUUGCUCCUACCCUACACGGUCCAGGUUCAUAAACAAGCUUGACUGGAAAUUAAGAAGCAGCACGUGCGCAUCUCAUAUUGCAGGAAACAGUGCUGCUACCUUCUUAGUGCGCUUCAAUUUGAAGGCAGAUGCUAUUUCCAGUCGGAUUCUGACUGGCACUGAUUCCGCUGCACAAAAUCUUAACAUAACCAGCCGUUGCACUUUCUCUACACUUAAAGUGAAUAAAGUAGAAGCAUUUCUCUUUCUUCAGCCCGAAGGUGUUGACCUACCGGCAGCAGUCUUUGAGGGCUCCUCACUGGCAGUAGAAUUUGUACUGGUAAUAGAAAACCCUGUAAAGACUGCAGCCAGGAGAUGUUCGGCUGGCACAGUAGUAACCACUUUGUGAGCUUAAAUGGCUGUGAUGAAUCCAGGCUGUUUAAAAAUGUAAUUACAGAAUUUUGCAUCGGCGCGCAGGCAGACUGUAGCCAGUGUCUUUAUCUAAAGCAUUUUUUUUCCUGUCACUGUUUAUGGUGUAUGUAAAAAAAAAAAGUACAAGUAUUAUUUAAAGUAUAUUGAUUGUGAAUAUAUUAGCCACACAUUUUGAUGUCAUGUAACAUUGUGUAAUUCAUGAUGAUGACCAAUAAACAUUUUCAAUUCUUCAUUAGAGGGAAAAGAAAGUGUAUUAAUCUGGUGAUCUGAGGGACAUACUCCCCUGUGCAUUGAGGUUGACUUGUAUUUCAGGAUGCAAGACAGUAUUUUCAUUGCAAGUCUAUUUGAGCCAUUUCAGGAUUAUAAAAUCUUACCCUUAUAAAAGUUACCACUGCAGUUUUACACUGUAUUUCUGCAGUUUUACAUGAUUUUUCUCACGGUUAUACCCUGCGUUUAUCAUAGAUUACCCAGGUUUGCCAUGUUUAUUAAUGUGCUUUACCAUACCUAUCUCUUCUUUACAAUGCUUACCUAUGCUUUUACUAUGGUAAACUUUUAUAAGAGUGUUACUGGCCCCCCUUUAAUUCUGUUAAAUAUUUUUUUUGCAUCUAUUUUAUAUUUCAAAAUAUCAUUGUAUAUAAAAACGCUUUACCAACAAAAUCAGUAACCAGUUGAAAAUAUUGUACUACACCAUACUAUAUAAAGGUUAGCUGUUAUUUAUGUUAAUAUCAAAUUCUGUAUAAUGAACAGAAUCAGUGUCCACACACUGAUGCCUCUUCCUCUGGCUUCCCUCGAUAAAUCCAUCUCCUCAGUCUGAACAGCUCAUCCAAGCCAAGACCGAUUGGAGGGCUCAGCCUGCAGCCACGGGCCAAAGA